AUGGUGAAACGGGCGGGCCUCGCGGUGGUAUACCUCUCGGUCUUCAUUGACAUGUUUGGCAUGCUCAUGGCUGUACCUGUGAUUCCCUACCUUAUUCAGGAGAACUUGGGCUGCACCGGGGGUGGCUCCUCUGACAGCGCCCUAAUGCUACCGCCACCGCCGCCCCUCGAUUGUGACGCGCCAGAGCAGCUGAUCGCAGACGAGAGCGAAGCUGACAAGUGCGAAGGCGCCUCCUUCUACGGCGCGCUGGCGGCGGCGCUCUAUCAGUUUGCAAUGUUCUUCGCCACGCCGCUGACCACGCAGCUGAGCGACAAGUAUGGCCGACGACGCUUCUUCAUCAUCGGCUUCAUGGGCUCAUCGAUCGGCUUUAUGAUAAUCGCCGUCGCGGGCUCGAACAUCGGCUUGCUUGUCGGCCGCUUCAUUGGCGGCUUCUUCUCGGCGUCGCCACCUCUAGCGCAGGCUUACAUCUCGGACUCGGUCCCUCCCGAGCGGGCGCCGGCCUACCGAGCUCGACUCAUGUCGUGCUUUCAAGCGGCGCUAGUUUUCGGCCCUGGCUUCGGCGGCGGCCUAGCGCAGUUUGGCAACACCGUCCCCUUCUUCGCCUCGAGCGGCAUGGCUUUCAUGGGCUUCCUGCUCUCGCUCUUCUUCCUCGACGAGCCGCAAAAGCCGCCAAAGCGCGAGGGGAAGCAAAGCAGCGUCAUGGAAGGCACCGGCAUGCGCAAGUCCGCGGUGUACCGCUCGAGAUUGCCUCUCAUCUACACCAUCUACUGCGCCACAUUUCUGGUCUUCUUUGGCUUCCAGAUGUUCAUCGCGAUGUUUGGCUUCUGGCUCCUCGAUAAGCUCGGCUGGGGGCCCGGUGAGUUUGGCUUUGUCACGACAGCCACGGGCGCCCUGCCAGCCGGCGCGGGAACACCUGUCCAGAUUUGUCUGAGCCGUUCUCCUCACGAUCUAGGCACGGUCGGCAUCAUCGCUAAUCUCGGCUUCUUCGCGCGUAUAGCCAGGUGGCUGGGGGGGAUGCACAAGGUAGCAAUCCUCGGCACGGUCCUCAACGUCGUGGGCUGGCUCGGUGUGACCGCCACGCAAAAGUCGGGCCCGUGCGACGGAAAGUUCACGCUCGACGGCGGGCUUGUCGUGAUUCUCGCGCUCUCUUUUGGCCACUCGGUGGGCUUCACCUUCUACAACACAGCGCAGGCCGUCAUGGUCUCGAUGUAUGCUGACAAGGCGGAGCAAGGCAAGUGGCAGGGCCGAUCCACGUCCAUCCAGGCGAUCGCCGGCUUCACGGGGCCGCUGCUCGGCGGCUGGCUCUACGAGAACUGGAACUGGGAGCUGCUCCCCCUGCUCACGUCCGGCUGCAACUUCCUUGCGAUGCUGCUCAUAUGCCGCGUGCUCGUCAUGCACAGACGACUUCCCGAAAACACGUUGCCCAAGCCGGGGGCCGCUGCUGUGAGCGAGAAGGAGGACGUCGAGACCGCCGAGGACGGCCCGCUGACGCCGACUGAGAGAGAGGAGCUCGAGGCGCUGCGAGAGGAGGUGAAGGAGCUGCGCAGCCUCAUGUCCGGACUGGAGGAGAUGCUCACCGAGGAGCAAUUCUCCAGCCUAGGGGCCAGCUCGAGCUUAGCGCAGGUGGUCAACCCGCGGCUGACGAUGCACUGA